CGUCACUAGGACUUGGGUUCGCUUGAGGUCAGUCACCGAAGAAACGACAGCACCGCCUACCUCCGCCGCUCGUUCGCCGCUCGUCCGCCGCAUUUCGCUUUGAACUUCACUCUCAAAUGGCAAAUCCCGACUCCCACUCACCAAACUCCAUCUCUCAAGCCCCUAGCGAUGCAUAUCGUCCCCAACGUCGGGUCGAAGAAGAAGAAGAACGCGAAGGCGAAGACGAAAUGGACGAAUCUGACGACGACGGCGACGACGAGGACGACGAGUUCGAGCCCCGCACACCGCAGCCUCUGUCGCAGGAGGACAGAUUGCGCCAGCACAGGGCCAGGCUCAACAACCUCUCUCACAAGCUCUCCUCGGAGAGUGUCCCAAUCCGAGUGCACGACGUCCUGAUCAAGGGCAACUCGAAGACUAGGGAUUGGGUGAUCGAGGCCGAGCUGGCGGACCUGAAGAAGGUGGCGUCGCUGCAGGAGCUGUUGCAGGUCGCGAGCAUCGCGAAUUUCAGGCUGCAGCAGCUGGGGAUCUUUCAGUCUGUUAACAUCGUGCUCGAUUCGGGGCCGAAGGAGUUGCCUGGCACCGCCAACGUGAUCGUCAACGUCGUCGAGGCGACGAACCCGCUCUCUGGUGAAAUUGGUUACUACACUAAGCCCGAGGCUAGAUCUUCAACACUUGAAGGAGUUUUGAAACUCAAAAAUUUGCUUGGAUAUGGUGAUCUUUGGGAUGGUUCUUUUGCAUAUGGAUGGAAUCAAACUUCAGAGCUAAGUGCCGGUGUCUAUCUCCCUAGAAUGAAAAACUUGUUAGCUCCUUUGAAUGCUCGAGUAUUCUUGGUAUCCCAAGACUGGUUAAAGUACUCUUCAUACAAUGAACAAUCAUUAGGCCUUUCCCUUGGCCUAGUUUCAACGAGGAAUCAUGACUUGGCUUACAACUUGACUUGGCGUACAAUGACAGACCCUUCCCAGAUGUCAUCUAGACCAAUAAGGAGGCAGCUGGGGCAUGGGUUAAUCUCUUCCCUGAAAUACUCUUUCAGGUUUGACAGGAGAAACUCACACAUCAGACCAACGCGAGGAUAUGCUUUUCUUUCUACUACUCAAAUUGGUGGCCUUACCCCUGAUCCCCGAAGUGCACGUUUUCUCCGCCAGGAGCUCGAUCUUCGUUAUGCUUUGCCUCUUGGAUUUUAUCAUGCUGCUAUCAAUGUUGGAGUCUCUGGUGGAGUUAUCUUUCCCUGGGGAUGUGGAUUUCUGCAAAAGCCUUCACCGUUGCCAGAAAGAUUCUUCAUGGGUGGCAAUACCUCUCCGUUUUACUCUUUAGGAGGACCUACUUCACUGUUAGGGUUUCGGACAAGGGGAAUGGGCCCCACUGAACCUAGGCGGCAAAGUGGCAAUGAUGAUCCUGAGAGGGAUUAUGUUGGUGGUGAUCUUGCAGUUACCACUUUUGCUGACCUUUCUUUUGAUCUUCCAUUCAGUUGGUGCCAAAAAAGUGGAAUCUAUGGACAUGUGUUUGCAUGCGCUGGAAACCUGGCCAAGUUGACACAGAACGAGUUUCGGAACUUUUCGUUUCCUAGUUUCCUAAAAUCCUGCAGAAGCUCUGUUGGAGUCGGAAUUGUUGUGCCCACGAGUAUCGUGCGAGUGGAGGUUAACUACUGUUAUGUGUUGAAGCAAUACGACUUUGAUCGAGGGAAGACUGGGCUACGAGUUAGCUUUUCUUCUACAUGAUAAUUUGGACUUCUUUCCUGAUGUAUGAUUGAUGACAUAGCAGAGGAGAAGCACAACGCGUUUUUCAGGUAUUUGAACAAUUUGAUCAUCUGAAAAUGGUGCUGCUUUGUACGCACUGCAGUUUUUGGCAUUGUUCACCAUUUUUGUAGUUUCAAAACGAAAUUGAGAAAUUGGACCAGCAGUAUUCGUGACCUCUGAAUGGAGGAAAAAAUAAGUCUGAUACUUCUUGUGCUUUACUGGAUGUUGCUCAUGUUGAGUGGAAUUCAAGUAUUACUGAACUUUCUUCACAAUGUUUCUAACAGCCAUUGAGGAUUUUCUUUUGUUUUUUCUUCCCUCUCCUGGGGUUGGGAGAUAGUUCAACUUAUUAGAAAAUCAUAUGAAUUUGCUGAGAACGUUUAUUAACUCCCUUGUCAGCGCCGGAUGGAAAGUAGAUAAUGGGGCUAAUAUUAGAUUAGCGCUUGAAAUAUUAUUCUUACUCAUACUAUUUAAA